AUGAGGUUUGGUGAACUCCAUUACAGAAGAGGCGUGAUAACUUAUAGCAUCUCGCCAUACGAAGUUAAUGCUUUCAAGGGAUUUUUCAGUCAUGGAUUUCCUAAUCUCGUUCGUCGCUUUCGUGAAAAGUUUUUGAUCGUUUCGUCUCCAUUUAUUGCGGCUGCUCUAGUUAUUCGCUGGGCUAAUGCGGAAAAUGCCAGGACGAAGAGGAAGGCUUAUCUUCAAAAUAAUCAUUAG